CCGCCCUCCCGCCCGCCUCGGAGGCGGGGCUGUGCGCGGCCCGGAGAGAGGCCCGGGCGGCUCAGGCGGGUAGGGCAGGAGCAGCGGGCAGCUAUCUGAUUAACAAAAUGAAACCUGCAAAGCUGCACUGUUGGAUUCUGGGUUGGUUUUCUGUGGCACUAUGUUGUUGGUGUACUUCAGAUAAAUUCACUCAAAGUGACAACCACCCUCAUACCUGGAAAAAGCUUUAUCUUGCUCAUCAUUGGCCAGUGACUGUAUGUAAGAUGACUGCUAAUGAUUGUCAAGACCCUCCAAAGUACUGGACAAUCCAUGGACUGUGGCCUGACAAGGGUGAAGACUGUAAUAGGACAUGGCAUUUCAAUGUUACUGAGAUUAAGGAUCUUAUGUUAGACAUGAGACACUAUUGGCCCGAUGUGCUUCAUUCAUCUCUGAAUCGCACCCAGUUCUGGAAACAUGAGUGGGACAAACAUGGCACUUGUGCAGCCACACUUGAGGUCCUCAAUUCUCAGAAAAAAUACUUUGGUAAAGCCUUAGAACUCUACCAGCGUGUUGAUCUCAACAGUUGUCUCUUGAAAGCUGGGAUAAAGCCAAGCAGUUCAUAUUACAAGAUGACUGCCAUAAAGGAAGCUCUUACAAGAUUUUAUGGUGUAAUGCCCAAGAUCCAAUGCCUUCCUCCAGAAGAGGGUGAAAAAGCACAGACAAUUGGCCAGAUUGAAUUCUGCUUCACCAAAGAACUGCAACUAAGAAACUGCACAGGGCUGAAGGGUGGAUCCAAUGCAAUGCAGGCUCCCUUGAAGCUUGGAACUGAGGAGCUGUCUGUCUGCAAUGAUACUCUCCCAACCUAUUACCCUUCAGAGGUCCAAGAUCACAAAUGAAGCCAUAUGAGUUUGAAAACCUUUUUAAACAGCAACAAAAAAUUGUAAUUAUUGUCAUAUUACAACCCCCUGUCCAUAUCACAGGCAUACUGUGAAGAUUUCUGCUGGAAAACACAGUUCUUUUGCCAUUAAAGGAGAGUGGUCAACAUGACGGGAUUGGAAUGUGA